GGUAACAGUGUAACACUACCGUCGUGACAGCCGAAUCUCGACGACGUGACACGCCUUUGCACAACUAUAACCGUCGAAAUGUUGGCCGCCUAAUAUCUUUUUCUUCCACCAUGAACCCACCCGACGUCGACGAUAACUCCAGCGAUAAUUAUGAAGUCCAGUAUCUCGAACAUCCCGCUGGAAUUGUAGAAGAGGUCCACGUCCAGAAUGUCACUGGCGAGUCGAAGAAAGACGAAAGCCCAACGACGACAGCGACGAGAACUGAGCGCUUGUCCGACGCUGCCAGCAUACAAAGCGCUUCACCACUAAGGCCCAACGAUGACGGGCUCCAGGACAACGUUUCAUCCUCCUUACUACCUCCUUCGCCCACAAGAAGUGCUCACACAGUUGCUCCCGAGGAUCGGAGUAUCAGUAGGAGGAGAUCUAUCACAGAUCCAAGAUCUUCUCGGAGAAUUUCUGGCUUCUUCAAUAAUUUAAUUCAUCGACGCGAUGUGCCUACUCGGGCUGCCAUCAGAGAAGAGCAACAGCCGGUCGCUUCCUCAUCUUCUCAUCCCGAGAAGUCAAUUAACGAUGACCCUACGAGAUCUUCAUCUCCUACGCCUAGUCUUAUCAUUCCUCCCCCUCGACUUCCUCCCCCCACUUUGCAAGAGCUUGGUCUUUCUUUCUCCGCCCUUACUGCCGACCUCUCACCUUCCCAUUUCAGCACGCCACCUUCCAGUGGCGCUUUUCUUUCUCCACAUUAUCUUUUGCUUUGUCAUGCUCAAGGAUUGGAUGUGUUACCGUUGGUUUCUCCGCCAGAACCUCAACCCUAUGCGCUCAUUCGUCGAGUUAGUUUCAAAAGCAUCGUCGUCAUGGAACAGCGAGGGGUACUCGUAGCUAUCGCCGGGCGCAGAGAUGGUGUACGAGUCUACGCGCUAGAAGAAAUACGAAAGGCUGUCGAGUGGCGAAUAGAUGUUGAAGUCCGACGUGAGAGAGACCGUAUGAGAAGAGAGAUGGCCAAAAAAGUCGUCUCUGGUGUUACCUUAGAUGUUCGUAACUCCUCAGAAAAACUCCGCAAAACGAGCUUGUCAACGCCACCUCCGGGGGAGCCAUCAAAGCGGCAUGUCGUCUCUCGCAAGGGUUCUCAUGGCCAAAUACAAGUUUCUUCUCAAAUACCUCCUGCUCCGCUAAUCCCCAGAACACCCACAAUCCGUAGACCUAAACAUCUUACGGUUCCUGUGCCUUCUGCCUCUACACCUCCUCUAGAUCCGGAACCGUCGGGUCGGCCGCCACCAUAUUCCGAAUAUGUAGGAUCUCAUAUCCAACCACAUAAUUCGAUGAUCUCUCUAGUGCCUACGCGAUCUAGGUCUAGAGGUGGUUCGGUAUCUGAUGUUCUUAGCGUUCCACCUCUGUCUCGCCUCACUACUGAGGCUACACGACCUCGAGAUGUUGAUGCAAAGGAUUGGGCUGAGUCUAGUGAUGAUGAAGCCAUAAACGUCGUAGCAGCUGGGCAUAGUGGUAGUCAGGCCCUUGAUGAAAGGACCAGUGCUACAGCUCCCAGACAUAACCCUAGUUUUAGUCAGUCGACUCUCAGUGCACACACUCCUUCUGGAUCUCAAUCCCUCCUUCACGCUCACUCUCCUUCCAUUGCUCGCCGUACUAGACCGGCAAAUUUAGACCUUUCUCUGGCUCGCUCUGGUAGCGGUAUACCUGCGCCAGAACCGUCCCCUGCCCCUACCCUCCUAACUCUUCGGCAAGCACUUGCACACCCUCCAGUCUCACGCGAUGACAGGACGCCUGAGCCGGAUACUCCUCGCGGAGACGUAGACGUGGAUGAUGAUGAAAAUGACGGAGGCAGCAAUUCAAUCAGUUUGUCUCAAGCAUUACUGGAGAGUCGGCUACCAGAAUUGCCUCCGCCAGGUACGAGAAGACCCCAACUGCCUAUUCUCAUCUCAUCUUCGCACCCUGUUGCAUCACCGGAUGAUGAGCCUACCAGUCCUCGUAACUCUGUUUCUCAAAACAGUGAUAUCUCGCGUACAGGAUCUUCAGAAACUCAAAACUCAUCACGGAACAGACGGAGAAGAUGGUCAUUGAUGCUUACUCAAUCCUUGUCGUCGCCAUCGAACGACGUGCCGCCUCAUUCAGCUGCUCCAGACAUUUCUUUGUCGCGGGAACAAACGCCCACAAGAUCCGGUCGAUCUGGCAGCUUCCACUCACAAAGCCGUAGCGGAACGCCUCGUAGACCUUCAUCGGCCAACACCGAUAUUACACCUACUACUGCCUUUUCUCUCGCGCCGCCACUUCCUAGUGGCGCUGCGGCGAUUGCCUCCACAUCUGCAGCAUCCGUGGCAUCUGCUUCAUCCUCCCGGUCGAGAUUUAUUCCCAGGAUUAUAAGUCAUGCGAUUCAAAGCAUGAAGUCGGAUAGCGAGCGGCCUUCAACCACUGGUGGCGUCGAUUCUGAUUCAAAACGAAAUAAUAACGCUCCUAUGCUCUCACAUGCACCCCCUCCUAAGUUGGAAUAUGUCAAGUUACCUGGCACCAAGGGAUCUUUAAUGAUUAAGGCCGUAGAGACAGCCAAGAAAAGUUUUUUGGCCAUCUUAUGCGGAGAGAAUGGGGAGAAAGUUGAGCUUUUUGCUGGCACUUACAGGACGGCAUUGGGACUAUCAAGGACCUUUAUUCUUCCGGAUUCACCUCGAUCACUUGAAUUACAGCUUCAAGGAGAUGAUCUAGUGGAAGUGUUCCUAGUAUUCUCUCAAAACGUAUUUGGAUUGGAGCCCGCCACUGUCCGCGUUCGUGAGGUUCGAAUCGGGCGCGCAGAACGCCGUGCUGCCCGUCGACGCGCUCGUGAGCUGCGUACCGAUACGAGUGCACCCACCAACGAUUCCGAGGCGGCUCUCAAUCCUGGUAAUGAGGAAGAGAACACGAAUGUGAAUGUCAGCAUUGGAGUAUCUGUCUCUGUUGGUUCAACUGUCGUUGCGAAUGGAACGGGCCCUCGAGGUGCCCAAAGCCCGCAGUAUGUCGCCAAUGAUCAUCCACUAGAUCAAAGCGCCCCUGCGACUCCUGGGCCUCCCGUUCCAGUCGAUCCAGUCCAAGAACCCAGUGCGGAAGGAACAGCUACUCCUGCUGAAGUUCUUUCUAGCAAUAUUGGCGCAGCUGAGGAAUUGAUCGCUCUUGCAACGGCGCGUAUGGGUCCCUAUACCACAUUCCAACAGCUGUCGUUUGCACCUCAAUUCCCACUAGCUUCCAUAGCAGACGAAUAUGUGAUUCCUCCAACAUAUCCCGAAUUCAUUGGAUAUCGUGAGGAACAUGAGCCUGCAGAACGAGGCGAUAGUGUAGAUCUAUCUCAAGUCAACUUCUCGCCGCCUGGGCUUCCGGUGCCAACGCCAAGUGCUCCGCCAAAGUGGUUCUACCGAGAUCCUAAAGGCAAUGUACACGGGCCAUGGAAACCGUCACUCAUGCAAGCCUGGUACAAAGAUGGAUUACUUCCCCCAGACCUCCCAGUUCGAAAGGAAGAAGACGCCGAGUACAUCCUUCUGAAAGAUCUCAGAUUACAAAGUGUGGAUCCUACCCAACCUUUCAAACCUCCUCCAUCACUGUCGUCGAAUGUCCAGCCCAACGUCUUCCAGCCUUUGGGCAAGCCACUGUUGAAGCCCAUAUCUUUAUUGGCUCAACCAAAGCAUUUUGGCCCUCCUGCAUUGUUCUACUCCUCUCGCGGUGGACACAGUACCGCUAUUGUCGAUGCUCGUGGACGUUCAGUACUCAAAGGACGAUUGCUGUGGAGUGAUGACGAUCGUCCCGAGGACGACACCAAAUCUGCAUUGCUCAUGGGUCGAAUGGGUGAUGUCAAACGUUUAGAAGCAGUAGAUAUCAAGGACCGCUCUGUACUCAUUGCUAUGCGUCAAGGUGGUGUUGAAGCCGUCGAUCUGAGCGAUGCUCUUCUCAAACCUGCUGACGAGUCCCGGACAACCCUCCCUCAGUUUAAUCCUAUGCCCUCGCAUAUGAACCGUCGGGCACCCUUUGUUUGGAGAAUUGGGACUCCCGUAGCAUCGUCAACCAAUUCGGCUACAGUUCUUUCACGGCCCAAAGGCAACCAUUUACCCAAACCUAAACUCGGAGCCGGCCUUGCCAAGUCACCUGGAAACCGAACAGAAUUUAAUAUUGGGGAUGCGGACCCGGAAUUCCUUGACGAAGUGCUCUUUCUUGGACGGAAGAAUGAUGAAAUCUAUAUUUGUGAGCGAAAUUCAGGAUCUUUUAGGAUACUUCGCCUGUGCCCAUCGUCGUGACGUCUUUCAAUUACCAUCAUUCAAGGGUUUUCGUUCAUGUCGUGAUUGUUCUGGUACACAUGUAUAGCGCACAUUUAUGAUAUAUAUAAAUUAAUAGUCUCACAAUGCAAAUUGUAAUA